CGUGGAUACAGUAUAGCAUGGGUCCAGAGAGUGGAUGCUCUGUGCAAAGUCGGUCAGUUGAUCGCCAUCCUCCAAAUCGACACCACCGUGUUUUUGAUUUCAAUUGAACGUCUUGUUGCCACCACGUACAUUCGACGUUACGAGCAUAUGUUCUCCACAUUCGUACCCAAAAUGAUCUUAUCAUGCGUUGUUGUAGCCACUAUAUACGGAUCUUCAUUCUAUUUGUUCGUCGCUCGUGGUGAUGUCUACUAUGAAACACCGCAAACAACGCUCAUGUACAUUUCAUAUGUGAUGACGGCAACGAAUGUCAUCGGAUUA